AGGAGUUGAGUGGGUGGAGUUUUCUGAGUGAGUGACCCGGCUGGUUUUGUGGCACAAAAUUUCGAACUUCGGCCGACGUUAGAUUAAAGCCAAGAUGAGUCUACUUGAGCGCAUGUUCGGACGAGGCAAAAAAGGAGAAGCCCCCACUCCGGCUGAAGCAAUCAAUGGACUUCGAGAAACCGAAGAAAUGCUCAUGAAGAAGCAGGAAUAUUUAGAAGGGAAAAUUGAGCAAGAGAUUUCGCAAGCUAAAAAGCAUGGAACAAAGAACAAGCGUCUUGCUCUGCAAGCGCUCAAGAGGAAGAAGCGGUAUGAGAAACAACUUCUUCAAAUUGAUGGAACUCUAUCCACCUUGGAGAUGCAGCGCGAAGCUCUCGAAAGUGCAAAUACGAAUACUGCUGUGCUUCAAACCAUGAAUGCUGCCGCAAAGGCGAUGAAGGCUGCCCAUCAGCACAUGGAUGUUGAUAAGGUUCACGACAUGAUGGACGACGUUGCUGAGCAACAAGAGCUUGCUAAAGAGAUAACCGAGGCGAUUUCCAGUCCGGCUGCGUUCAGCGCCGAUUAUGACGAAGACGAGUUGGAGCGUGAAUUGGAGGAACUUGAACAAGAAGAGCUUGAUCAACGUUUGUUGGAACCAGCUCCGACUGCCGCACUUCCUACUCCACCAACCGCCGUUCCUGUUGCAUCCGGAGCCAGUAGAGCCAAACCGCGUCCGCAAAAGGAAGAUAUGGAUGACGACUUGCAAGAAUUGACCGAAUGGGCGUCAUAAACACGGAAAGUCACAGUGGUCAUGACGGUGCCUGCAAACCUUCAUCCAGCAUUCUAGAUUCCCCUGUUUCACAUAUAACUUGGUCUGAGCGGGAGCAGUGAUGAUUUGACUCGCUUGUCCAUUUUAGUGGACGAAGUAUGGAUGUUCCAGUUCGUGCGUUCCCGCAACGAAAUCAUAGGGUUUUAUUUUGUCAGCCGCGAGCGUUGCAACUGUCAAAAGAUUUUCGAGUUUUGCCGCAAUUCUGAUGAGUACGCAGACAGUGUGUUGCCAGGUCCUCAUAAGUGGAUUUGCUCUGGUUUCGUAGCGGAUUAUUAUUAUUUUUUCUAUCCUUGCUGCAGUUGGCGCUUAAUUUGUCUCCUACUCACUUUUCGCUUGGGAGAUUAAGGGAUCGCUUCUGAUUCGUUGAUGAUGGAUUGAAACAGAGGUGUCUUUGAUACCAUAAACGUGUAUUUUAAACUGC